AUGGCGGCCGCCGAUGUUCGCGACAUGCUGGAUCUGCCCGCAGAAGGGCAGCCCAGACCGCACAAGAAGCAGAAGGUGGUCGAGAAGCGUCCAGAGGGCAUCACCCGCGAAUUGUUCGCGCUGCUGGGCGAACGGGCGCCACCGAUCGCGAUCAAUGAGAACAAAUACAAGGGGCGCCCGAAAUUGAUGAACAAGCUCCGAGUCCGACCAUGGCGCAUGUCACCGUUCACAAAUAAUGCUCGUUCCGACGGCCUUGUCCUCAAACACUGGCAACGAAAACAUGAAUCAACCCGGCCACCUGCACCCGAGAGGUCUCAGAUGGAGGUGGAUGAAAACAAGGAAGAAGGGAAGGAGGAGGCGCCCAAGCCGUUGGAGCAGGAGUAUACAUUUGCCAAGUACAACAUCAAGGCACGGGUGCCUCGCCGCUACACGGACGAGGAAUACAAUCGACACCUGCGAAGCGAUGACUGGACACGCGAAGAGACAGACUACCUGGUUGACUUGGUUACGGAAUAUGACCUCCGCUGGGUGGUGAUCGCAGACCGCUACGACUACCAACCGCGGAUGGAAACCGAGCCGGAUGCGAACGCGCUUGUCCCGGCCAAGCAAUACCGGACCAUGGAACAGAUGAAGGCUCGCUACUAUUACGUUGCUGCGACGAUCUUGGCCUUUGAGCACCCUCCCUCCGAGAUGUCCGAAGCUGAGUUCGAGCUGCAUGAGAAGAUGCUGAAGUUUGACGCCGAUCGAGAACGGGACCGCAAAGAACUGGCCGCAUUGCAGCUCAACCGGACAGCAGACGAGGUGCGCGAAGAGGCAAUGCUGCUGGAGGAAUUGAAACGCAUCACCAGCAACGAGCAGAAUUUCAUCUCCGAGCGCCGCGAGCUCUACUCUCGGUUGGAAGUGCCCAUCAGCGUUGGGAACACCGCCAUGUACCAAUCCAGCCAGGGUCUUUCGCAACUCCUGCAAACCCUUUUACAAGCCGAUAAGACCAAGAAGCGCCGUUCCAUCCUCGGCGGCGAGGGUGCCGCGCCCAGCCCCGCCGGCCAGACCCCGACACAAGCCGGCGCCCCCGGUGACACUCCGGGCGCCGCCCCCUCCAUCUCUCACAAGAAGGGCGCCGCUGCUGCCGCUCGCGAAGCGCAACAGCCAGUGCGCACGCUCUCCCCGGCCGAAGAGGCCAGGUAUGGCGUGCAGCACCACGAACGCCUCACGGCCGGUGUGCAGUUCCGCAGCGACCGCGCCCAGAAACUUACACAGGCCAAGUCCAACGUCCAGACCCAGAAGCUGGCCCACGCCCUGGCCGAGCUCGAAAUCCCCGUGCGCCUCUUCAUGCCCACCGAGCGCGUCUGCAAGGACUUCGAGAAACUCAUCCAAUCUGUCAACCUGCUUCUCGACACUCGUAAGGUUGCAGAGAAGGUCGAGAACGAGAUCCGCGUUCUCGAGUCGGCCAAGACAGAGCGCGAGCGCAAGUCCAAGGAAGCCACGGCUCCUGGCUCCUCUGCCCCCAACCCCGGGCACCCAGAAGUCAAGAUGGAAGCCGAAGAUGGCGCUGCCGGCGUGCUGGCACCGUCUACUGGUGACGCUGCUGCUUCUGCACCCCCCAACUCCUCCCAAGGCGGGAAUGCUGCAGACCAGGCUCAAGGUGAUGGAAGCGUCGAUGCGCCCACAGAAGAAACUCCUGCCAAGGAGGUAGAAGGGAAUCACAAGCGGUCUGCCAGUGUGCUCAGUGGUGUCAGCGACAAGAGUUCCAAGCGGCAGCGGCGGUAG